AUGGCGGCUCUUCCUCCCAACUGGGAAUGGGAUUAUGAUGGCACCCGCUGGUUCUACCGCUACAAGCCAAAUGGCCACGUCCAAUUCCACUUCCCCAAGGAGGGCGACGAGUUUCCCGACUUUUUCGACGCCAUGUCCCCAAUUCCCGAUCUCUCACCCGAAGAGAAGCUCGAGAGUCAGCAGCAGAUGAAGAGACGGACCGGUAGUGACCCGGACCCGAAGUCCAAGAUGCAUGCGACUGGAGGGCCCCUGGCCGACUUUGGGAUGAGCAGGAGCGGUUUCGGGGGGCCGCUUGACGACGACGAUGGGUCAGGAUUCUUUUACCAACCCGAGAACUUGAUGUAUCUCGGACCUGGCGCAUACAACGAUAUGAGUCCUCUGGCUGACGAGGAUGAGCGGGACGAGAUCCCGAGGGAUAGGCGCAAAAGCAGGGACAGCGCCAGCCCCAAGAAGGAGAGGACGACGCUGGAGCUGGCUGGAAGCGACAAAACGGGAGUUUCGCCUCUGCAAAGCGAGACAAACACACCAUCCAUAAAGAACAGCGUUCCCGUUCGAGAAUCUGCCAUCGUACCAGAGUCAGUGGCAGAGGAGGCUGUGCUGAUCAUCAACACCCAAGAACUUCCCGGGCCAAGUCAACCAACGAUCCCGUCUCCCGGAGUACCACUGCUCGACUCCGUCGAGAAGCCCCGUCCAACAGCUGCGCCACCCGUCCAGUCACAACCUUGGGGCCCUGUCGGAUUCGUGGCAGAGAUGGCAACAGAACAUACCGCGCCUGCGCACAUUGAGACGCACCCAGACCCAGUCGAGAUGGGCGACAACGCUGUCCUCGCACCGAUAGAGACGCGGAUCAUGGACCCUGACAUUGCUGAGCUUCCCGAAAGAACCAGUCCAUCAGAUGCUAAACCACCUGCCUCAUCAACUCACGACCUUUUACAUCAGACGAGCAUGAGUGAUCAUGCCCUUUACGGAGCUACCUUUGGUACAGGUUCAAGACCCCAGAACUCCUCACCAACGAAUUCUGGAAAGGCGAGGACCAGUACGCGGCCUCUCGCUGUACCGCCAAAGCUUCCUCUUGAUGACUCCCUACCGGAGGUCGUUCCACACCAGACCCAAAGCUCUACGUCCACGCCGACUACCCAACCAUUCAGUAUCAAACGGAAACCUUCAAAGACGGGAGCCAAACAGGGCACUUUUAAGCCAUACGUCCCUGGAUCUACGCCGAACCCCAUUCCCGACAAGUCGCAACCCAAAGAACCUGAGUUUGUGCGCCGCGACCACCGAAAUUCUUUGGCACGAGAGGCAUCGUUGAUGUUGGGGCCCCGCCAGAGCUACGAGACAUCAAACAUGCCUUCGGUUUUGCAGCCUCCGCAGAUACCCCCGAAGCAACCGUUGGAAUCCACCCAAACGCUCUAUCAACACCCCGUGAAUCCUGCGAGGCCCGAUGCAACACGAACGCAAACCGAACCGUCUGGGGUUCUCACCGCACGAAACAAGUACUUUCGGGAUCUACCCAAUUCGCAGCCUUCCGACCCGGAGUCCACGCCGCAACGCCGGCGCCGGGGCAAAUCCCCCACCCCCUCGCUCCGACCCACGUUCCGCAGUCUUUCUCGGGUCCUCGGCCGUGUGUCCAGCGUGUCGAGACUGCGCCCGCAGAUCAUCAUACGGCUGGAGAUCAUGCACCUACCACCCAAUUUGGGACUCGACCUUCUGCAGUGCCGACUUUACCUGCGUUUUUGCAGCGGCCUACGGGCCAAGCCGACUCUGCUCGUCAACCCGCAAGCCGAUCACAACAACACGCUUCAUCGUUCAGUGCACGAGCAAGAUCGAGGUCUGAUCUUCCCCAACCUCUUCACAAUGCUCAUGAUACACCUGGCUGAAUCCCCGCCUAAGACUAGCAUUGCUACUCGCCCACAAUCGGCUAUGGACUUUAUGCAGGGCCGGCCUGAUCCUAGGAUAGACAGAGUGAUCAACCAGACGACGCCAACUCCGCCUCCAGAUAGACCAAGACAGACCUCAUAUGCCUCUAGCGAGGUGUCGUCAUUAGGGCCCCCGUCGGGAAGUCAAUCGUCAGGGCUACCAUUCCAGACACCCUCGCCUUUAGAGAGUAACGGAAGACGGCCGUCUUCAGGCUUCUUCAGAACCGCGGAUGCGAACGCAAGCCCCAUGGAAUCUGCCACAACCCCCGUGCCUCAAAGACAAAACCCGUUUGAGAUACAGACUGCUCCUCUUCGAUCCCCGGCAUCAAGGCCAGCAUCUCUUUCCGGCCCCUCUCCUACCUCGACACAGCCCACGACACCUGGAUCCGCGGGCUUUGACACCACAGCGGGCACUCCUGAGGUUUCGGCCAUGGUCUCGUCAAAGCCUUCACCUGGUGUCUCGCAGCAUGCGUCAGGGACGCCUAGUGGACGCGCGGCCCAGAACAACAUUGGUUCUUCUCAGUCGCCUACAGAUCGUCGGCACUCUGUGCCUGCCGAGGGAUUUGCGGUGAUGGGUUCACAACCACUACCUGUGCAACCGGCGUCAAAUGGGUCGUCUAAGUAUGGACCUCAACAGCAACAACCACAUCAGCAAGGCCAAGAGAUCCCAAGGCCUCACUCUGCCCAGCCAGUCCCAUCCACCUCAGGUGGUGGCAAUCAGCCAGGAACACAUAUGCCGUAUCCACUCGAAGAGGGCCAGAACAUGCCGACACCGGGUAACCGUCCACAGCGCCCAACUGUCACGCCACCAACACAGCAGUUCCUUGGACCUGCUAGUCCUCGAACACCUGGGCAUAUUCUUCAUCCAAUUCAAGAGCACCAUGACUCUGGCGCGAUAAACCAAAAUGCCUCGGGCACCGCUGCGUUCCAGAACACAGAUUCUGCCCCUCGAGCAUCCCCUGCAAGUGUCCGUCAACUGUCAACAGGAUCAUCCCAGUAUCCGUCAUCAGCGGAGUCACCCGGCGGGCAGGGCAACAUGUUCGGCCGAGGAAAUGUCACGACCAUGCCUCAAGCGAUGUCACCAGCGGUCGCGACUAUGGGUCAGACGUACUCUCCUGUGCAGUCCAAUCCGUUCCAAAUUUCCCCAAUCACUACGAGAAUGCAGCCACCGGCUCAAGUGAUGCGCCCGGGAUCCACACCACAGGUCAUGCCACAUGGCAAGGACAAGGAGAAAGGAGGCUGGCUUUCCAAGAUAAUGAAGGGUUCCGGUAAGCCAAACGUGCUGCAAAAGCCACCACCGUCCCUGAAUAAUGGCCCAGCGUUGCCUCACUCGCCAAAUACUACUCGACCGGCACAAGGUCAUAACACAGGACGAGUCGUAACGCAGCAACCCAACCAAGCAACCUACAAUCAGCAAGCCCCAGCUGCAUUUCAGCAAAUACAGCAGCAUGUUACGUCUGAGCCAGUGUCUAGAUCUCAGAACUUCGUUCCACCCCCGGCCGGGCCCAUUCUGGCGCCGCCUACCGGUGGCCCAGAGUCCAUGGUGAAGAUGCAACAGGUUCCGGCAGUCGAGGCACCCCAGGUAGCUCCAACGCUACAAGUCGGUCAAUCGCAACGAGCUGAUGCUACACAAAGCGUGGAGAAAACAGUCUCUAGUUUGCCCCCUCGUGGGCUGUCACAGGCAACUGUGGCACCGAGUGAACACACAGCAGACAACAUGUCCGAUGCCGCAUCCGUAUCUGCCAUCUCUGUCUCUACAAUGGACGUAUCCGAGGCUCAGGCGCAGCCUGUGUUGAAGCCCCAACUUGUCACGGUUGAGAAGGCUCCCUCUUUGCCUGAUAAACAACAGCUACCUUCGCGGGUUGCGGCAGCUUCCGGCUCGUUAUCUCAGUCAACACCCAAGACUGCGGAUUCAGCGAUCAGCUCCCAACCUUCUGUGGAAAGCGGGCUCACUGUUGAGCCUCUGUUCUCGAAGAGAAAGAGCGUUGCCGUCGCCCCGCCAGUGCCCAUUGUGCCUCCGGCUCCUGCCGCUAACGACAAGUGGGCUAAGAAGCCUGCGGUUGACUAUUCUGGUGACGAUUGGGGCGAUGACCCAUGGGAUUACGCGUAG